GCAGGACAGAGACGGCCUCAUGGAUGAAAUUAAGCAACAGAUGGAGAAAGAUAGCAACAGUUUUCUGAUAUACUAUAACGAUGAAUACAGGCCACCAGUGUGGAAAUCCUACUUGUACCAGCUCCAGCAGGAGGCGCCGCACCCGCGACGUGUCACCUGCACCAGUGAGGUGGAAAAUCGUCCCAAGUACUAUGGCAGAGAGUACCACGGCAUGAUCUCCCGAGAAGAAGCUGACCAAUUGUUGAGUGCUGCGGAGGGCAGCUACCUCAUCAGGGAGAGCCAGCGGCAGCCCGGCACCUACACAUUAGCCUUAAGAUUCGGGAACCAGACCAAGAACUUCCGCCUCUACCAUGACGGCAAGCACUUUGUGGGGGAAAAGCGCUUCGAGUCCAUCCACGACCUGGUGACGGACGGCCUGAUCACGCUCUAUGUGGAGACCAAGGCAGCGGAGUACAUCGCCAAGAUGACUAUCAACCCCAUCUAUGAGCACGUGGGCUACACCACCCUCAACUGCGAGCCGGCCCUCAAGCGGCACACACCUGUCCUCCAAGACACCCCCGAUGAGCGGGACAGCGUAGAUGGCCGAGAAGAGGCGGGUCCAGAGGACAGGGUGAGCAGUUCUUAUCUGACCUCACUGGUGCGGCGAGCCACGCUGAAGGAGAACGACCGCGCGCCCAAGUACGAGAAAGUGCACAACUUCAAGGUCCACACGUUCCGGGGGCCACACUGGUGUGAAUACUGUGCCAACUUCAUGUGGGGCCUGAUUGCUCAGGGAGUCAAAUGUGCAGGUCUGAAGUCCGAAGGCCUGUACAGAGUGUCAGGGUUCAGUGACUUAAUCGAAGAUGUUAAGCUGACCUUUGAUAGAGAUGGAGAAAAGGCGGACAUCUCUGUGAAUGUUUAUGAAGAUAUUAAUAUCAUCACCGGUGCACUUAAACUGUACUUUAGGGAUUUACCCAUCCCCGUCAUCACGUACGACGCUUACCCCAGAUUCAUCGAAGCUGCAAAGCUCACGGACCCGGAUGAGCGGCUGGAGGCCCUGCACGAGGCGCUGAAGCUGCUACCGCCCGCUCACUGUGAAACGCUGAGGUAUCUCAUGGCCCACCUGAAGAGGGUGACGCAGUACGAGAAAGACAACCUGAUGAAUGCAGAGAACCUGGGAAUCGUGUUCGGGCCCACGCUGAUGCGAGCGCCCGACCUGGACGCCAUGACGGCCCUGAACGACAUCCGGUACCAGCGUCAGGUGGUGGAGUCGCUCAUCAAAAAUGAGGACAUCUUGUUCUGAAAGGGGGGAAUCGCUCCCCCAGUCCAGCUGGCUUCCUGCUGUCUCCCUAACCUUUUUUUAUUUUUGUGCAAAGGCUUGAAUAUGAAGGAUUUUUUUUUAAUCAUUCUACUUUCCCCUAACUCCCAGUGGACCAGUACUGUAAAUACCUUCUGCUUCCCCUUUUGAUGGGUGCGGAUUAUGUACCUUAAAGUUUAAGUUUGCAUGUUUACCGCCCCAUUUUUGUCGGGGGUUGUUAACAGAGACAGAGCGACAGGCCAGAGCGCGUUUCUUUUGGAUAGUUUUUAGUUGUCCAGCAUGUGUUUAGGUUUUUAUCGUCGAACAUCGUGACUCUGCUUUUCUGUCCUGUGGAUGUAGCUCAUUGUUGCUCAGUUGUUUUUGUGAAACACUAUAUACCUGUACGUGACAUAGAAUACAUUUUUCUUUUUUUAUGUACCUUCGUGAAGAUUUGAUCUUUUUUCCCGUUUUGUUUUUAUACACAGUAUGUAUUUAGAUAAAUUUUAAAUCUGCAUUCUAAUAAUUUGUGAUUUUUUUUUUCUCACCCUUAAAUCUAAUCUUCACAAAUCUUUUGCGCUCAACUUUCAAUAAGUGUCCGAUUCAUGUUUUGGUUGUAAUAUUUUUGUAUUUUGAUUUGCGCAUGGGUAUAUUAAUUUAUUAAAUCUUGCUUUCCAGGAUUGGAAUUUAUGUGCUUUUUUAAACACCUUGAAGGACUGAAACAGAAGUGUCUCAGUAAUUUGAGUAAGGUUUCUGAUAGCUGUUGCGAAACUGUAAUGUAUAGUAAAGCUACAUUGUGAUAUUUAGAGACAACUGUAUUGCUUUGCUUGCACUGGAGAUAAACUGUUUUCAUGUGUGUUUGGGCCGAUUCCUCAGUACAUCUGCAGACUGAAUAAUUCCCUUUGAGAUGAAGACCAAACCCCCAGCAUCUUGCUUCCUACCCAGAUGCUUGAUUCUUGCGUAACUGACAUCCGUCUCCGUCCUCCCGAUGUGACAUCCUUCCGGUGUUAGCAAAGCCUUCUAUGUCACUCACAGGUUCUCGGAUACUUCGCACGAAUUCCUUACUGGUACGGCAGAGUGAGCCGUGACCAGCUGCAAGGGCCGCCUGUAGGAGACUGUCCUUGUAUUCCUCUGAGUCUGUUCCCAGCUUCUGGUUUCUGGAUGAUCACCAACACAGCUUCCUUUUGAGAUGCUCUGCUGGGGGAGAGCGAGCGAGAGAGGGGGGAGCAGAGCUAUCUGGCAGUGGCAGCAGCUGGCUCUUCCCAAUUCACUGUAAAAUCUCAUUAAGUUAUCCAGCAUUGUCUCAUUGCUUACCGUGAAAACUCUGGCUUUUUGGUUUGUGCAAAGAGCGCGCUAAAUCUCACAGAAGCUAACCUUUGCAUGCUGAGAAUGUGUUCUCACACAAUUUAAUAAACUUAACCCAUGCUUCCCGAUCUGUUGACAUGAAUGAUUAUAACAGUUACCCCCCCCCCCCCAAAGAAAAAAUAUAUGAAAUAUAUUUAGAUAAAUCCACCGGCUUUUUUGCUUAUUUUUUAAAAAAUAUGUAUACUGAAGAAGGUGAUACUUUGGGGGGGGGGGAAAGGUUGAGUGUGCUUCCUAGCCCGGUCCUUGGGGUUCGAUUUCAGAAACACUGCUAUAAACCUACAAUGGUUUGUUUACAAAAUGAUUUUAGCGGAACUAUGGAGCCUUUGCAUCAGAGUGUGGGAUUCACGAAGUAGAACCUCCAGCCAGCUGAUCUGGAAGAAGCAGCAUAGAAAAAAGCAGCAUCCUGACCAGAUUGGCUUUCACUUCUUUUCCAACAGAUGCUCGUCUUUUAUUUUGUCUUCUGCAUACUGAUCUGUCGCAUUUGAUUCCAUGAUGCAACCAUGGUGGAAACGGGUCGGAACCAGCCCCAGGUAACCCUGGUACCUUCACGCAGCUCUUCGCAGCGGCACCAGACUGAGGCUGUCACUGCUGCUGCUGCAAAAGGUGCCAUGAGAAACGGUGUAUGACAGGAAGCCAGUUAAUCACAGUAUGGUGAUGUUUAUUCAAUUCAUAACCAAUGAAUACAAAUUUCAUAAGAGAACUGACCUUUUGUUCCGGAAGCCUGUUGUUUGACCUAUAUUCCAAAUGCAAAGCAUGGAACGAACGGGGAACGUUGCAUUUGUAGCUGUGCAUUAAAGACAUGCAGCAUGUUUA